AUUUAUUGUAAGAACUACCGCGUCUGCUACUCCAUUUGUAAUCAGGGUCAAACCUAUGAGGACAUUAUUUUCGAACAUUUUAAGUCAAUAUAAUUAUACAUCAUUAGUUCGUUCUUUUCCUUUACUAGUUUGUAAUAUGAGAUUAACUUCCCAGUGGGCUGUGUUCAGGCGUACACCAAUAUAAUAUCAUUGCUGUAUCUUGCAUGUUUUUAACUAAUGUCGCUUGGCUGAAUAAUCACAUUAGCUGAGAACCAAAGUAGGGCUCCAAAAUCCAGCUUACAUCUGGACUGACACAAAUUAGUUCAACGGUUUUUGUGAACUCAUGUCUUGGGGUUUCCCCUCCCCCACCGGUCUUCAUUACUUUGUUCAAUGGGUCUUGGAAGUUUCAGAUGAGCCCUAAAAAAGAAAACACUGUCUAUUGUUCCAAUAAACCGCUUUGGACAGUGCAAUACCGUUGUUUCUAGUAGAGGGCGCUGCGUAGCAUAGAGGGCUCACGGCCUCGGAUCUUUUUGUCUGAGAACUGGAUCCCGCUGCCGCUUUACAGUGUGUGCGAUUGCUUGGAGCCGCGUCUGUAUCACACUGUCAAACCACUCCAAACGAACACAAUUGCAGCCAAUACAAUUUAUUUACCAUCUAGUACCAUGACAAUUUUUGUUAGUCGGUAUAAUCGAUCGAUAUUGUAAUUGUUUAUUUGAACUUAGUAGAGGGUGAAUCGGCUUGUUUUCUGUGUAGCUGUAUCAGUCUUUAUUAGCGAGCUGGCGCUCUUCUUUCUAUUAGCUAUUUCUUUAACUUUUUUAAACACUCAGCCUCGCGAAUGACUGAGCGCCGGCGGAGUAUGGGAUCCUUGGUGUCUUAGGAAGCGAAUGAGUGGGGUUUUAACCGUUUUUAAGGAUCUAAACAAUGGCAAAUUCGACGGGAAAAAAUCUACCUGAUCAGCGAAGGAAAGGACUGGCUUUCCUGGACGAGCUGCGGCAAUUUCACCAAAGCAGAGGAUCGCCGUUCAAGAAGAUCCCAAUCGUGGGUGGCAAAGAGCUGGAUCUUAAUGCUCUCUAUAUCAGAGUCGUUUCGUUAGGUGGAUUUGCUAAGGUGUCUGACAAAAACCAGUGGACUGAACUUGGCGAAGAGUUCAAUUUUCCAAGGAGUUGUUCCAAUGCUGCUUUUGUUUUAAAACAGUACUACCUUCGCUAUCUAGAGAAGUAUGAGAAAGUCCACCACUUCGGUGAAGAUGAUGAAGAUGUCCAGCCGGGAAACCUCAAACCAUCUCUUCCAAUUGGUGCAAUACCCUGCUCUUACAACUACCAGCAACACUGUGUGUCAGACUAUCUCCGCCAAAGCUAUGGCUUGUCCACGGACUUUGUGGCGCCGUCCGACUACAACAAGCUGGUGCUGUCUUUACUGUCGGGCCUGCCCAACGAGGUGGACUUUGCCAUCAACGUGUGCACGCUGCUGUCCAACGAGAGCAAGCACGCCAUGCAGCUGGAGAAGGAGCCCAAGCUGGUCACGCUGCUCUUGGCCCAUGCUGGCGUCUUCGACGACUCGUUGGGGAGCUUCUCUGCCGUGUUUGGGUUGGAUUGGAAGGAGAAGACGUCUCGGGACUUCAACAAGUUCUGGAAGGACGUCAUAGAGGAUACAGAAGUACAAGAUCUCAUCUCAGAACACAGAAACAGCAACACACCUGGCGGCGAGCACAUGGAGGAGCGGCGGCGGCGGCAGGAGGUGCUCUUCCACCCAUCCCGCGAGCCGGGCCUGGGCGACGCGGAGGGCCAGCGCGUGCUGCAGGUGGCGCUCAUCCUGCGCAACCUGUCCUUCGAGGAGGCCAACGUCAAGCUGCUGGCCACCAACCGCACCUGCCUGCGCUUCCUGCUGCUCUGUGCCCACUGCACCUUCAUCUCGCUGCGGCAGCUCGGCCUCGACACACUGGGCAACGUCGCCGGGGAGCUCCAGCUGGAUCCAGUGGAUUUUCGGACAACCCACCUUAUGUUCCACACCAUAACCAAAUGCUUGAUGUCCAGGGACAGGUUCCUGAAAAUGAGAGCGAUGGAGAUCCUGGGGAACCUGAGCAAGGCAGAGGACAACGGCGUGCUGAUCUGCGAGUACGUGGACCAGGACUCGUACCGCGAGGUGAUCAGCCUGCUCACGCUGCCUGACGUCAUGCUGCUUAUCUCCUCCUUGGAGGUGCUGUACCAGCUCACCGAGCUGGGGGAGGUCACCUGCUCCAAGAUCUCCUCCGUGGAGAGGAGUAUAGGUACGUAAGAGUAACCCAUAGCUGAGGUGCUGUCUC